GGUUAGUAUUUACUUCCCGCCUCCUCUGUAACUUAUGGCAACAGAAAAAGUUGAUGCUUUCCGACCUGCCGAGACAAUAGGAAGCGAGUGGAGACAGUUAAACACCCAAUUCUGCAAAUUACGAUGAGAAUGGCACCCAAGAGACAACGUAGGUCCAAAAGUGCUUCUAGGAGAAAGGAAAAAGGUCAGCCUCCCGGCGUCCAUCCCUUGGCCUUGACGUCAGCCACCCAGGAGCUCUUUGAGUGUCGUGCAGAUGAGGAUGUCACCAGGGAGAGUCCUUAUAAGCUGCUAAGAAAAUACGCCAUCAUCCAGGACAUAAAGACAAGAGCUGCGGUGUCUGAUUUCAGCCCUAUGGAGCAGAUUGUGCUGGAUUACGCUGAGGAAGAGAUCUUGCUGGUUUUUGACAAGGACUCCACCUACGGUCAAAACUUCUACUUGGAUUUGACAGCAGAGGCCAAGCACAGAUUAACCAAACCUCAAGAUUCUGAGCUGUUUGAGGAUGAAAUGAGAAGAACUCCAGAACCAAAGAAAUCCACGUCUCUCAUCACUGAAAAGGAAAUAGAGCAGGAAUCUGUGAAGGAGAGAGAAAAGUUGAGGCUGAAAUUCUCCAGAGUGCAGGUGGAGAUCGGGACCACAGUCACUUUGUCUGACUACAACGUUGCAGAUUCAAAGCACAACUACGUGGAGUUCCCCUCCUACCAAGACAACCGAUCCUUCAUCAGGGUGAUGCAGAGGGAUUGUGGGAUACAGGCAGUUUCCAGACUGCGAAGCGACGCCACUCAAACAGCGUGGAAGCUUAAGAAGAAUGAUUUUACUCAGUACAGUCCUCGAGAGCUCAGCCAGGAGGAAAAGGAAGCCAUUCUUCAGAGCGAGAGUCUGAAGAACUUUACCAUGUCAGUGACACCCAGGGUUUUGUUAGCCCUUCAACAGCAAGAGAUCGCAGACGUGUUUGUUGAUGACUUUGAGGCUCUGGGGUCGGCAGCUGAAGCCGGCGACCUCCCGGGACAGACGUCUGAUCUGCUGGUUCUUCAUCAGGGAUUCACAGACAAAAUGCACACCAAAGACCGCAAAAUCAGCAGCAUCAACUGGCAUCCAACUAUCCCUGGUGUGAUAGCUGUGGCUUUGACAACGAAAAAGGGGGAGGAGUUGAUGGAGUCUGCCGUGUUCGGCUCCCAACCUUCCUUCAUCGUCUUCUACAGCUUCUCCUUCCCCACCAAUUCCCAGUUGCUGCUGAGAAGCCCUGGAGACAUUUUAUGCUUCGAGUUCUGCCCCUCAAAUCCAAAUAUCAUUGCUGGUGGCUGCAUCAACGGACAGGUGGUGUUAUGGGACAUCUCGGCUUACGUCACGUGCUUACAGGGUUCCCAGCCCAGCGGGACACAUUCCUCAGACAAUAAAGAAACAUUUAACUUUGAUGAAAAGAAAGUGGGGACUCCGACUGUGGAUUUCUGCGCCAUGUCUGACGUUAAAGCCACUCACAAAGCCAGGAUCACUGAUAUCCAUUGGCUGCUGCCAUCAGUUCAGGUGAGCGUUGCAGGUGUGCCAGUGGAGAACACGAGCAACAUUUCUGUUCAGAUCGUCACCUGUGGCCUUGAUGGCACCAUCAUGUUUUGGGACUUGAGAGUUCCAACAAUGCCAGAGCAGCUACUGGCAGGUACAAUGCAGGACCAGAAAACCACAGGGACGAGCUGGAGUGUCCCUCAACCCUUCACACACCUGAGAAGCACAUGGAGACCUCUGUUCAAGAUCGAUUUCAGUGGUGAACACGUCCCUGUGAAGUUCAGCAUGGAUCUGUGCACCUGCCAGAGGAACACAGCAGUAAAGGAGUUUUCAGAGACUCUGCCAGACUACAGUCAGCUCAGAAUACCUCCAGCCAACGAGAUGAAGGUUUUGGAAGAUGUAAACACAAAGUUCUACACAGGAACAGAGGAUGGGGAGAUAAUUUACAGUGACUGGAAAUUGGGAAAAGAUGAGUCUGGGCAGCAGUACAGUCCUAAACCCCUCUUCUGUGUGGGAGCUCAUCUGAUGAUGGUGAACACGGUGCAGAGGUCCCCCUUUUUCCAGGACAUUAUUUUGACAACAGGCCCCUUGCACUUUGCUAUCUGGAAAGAUGGAGUUACGGAGGGCCCCCUGGUCAAGUCUCAGUGGAGCGGGGACGAAUGCACUGUGGGAUGCUGGUCCUUGUCCCGGCCUGCUGUGUUCUUCAUCGGUAAAGCCAACGGCUGCUUGGAGGUGUGGAACCUGCUAGAGAGCAGCAUCAAACCCGUGCAUGUCCAGACGCACGUCACCAGCUCCAGGAUCACCUGCCUCAAACCCUGGGCUGUAUCCUUGAAGAAGCAUUUCCUGGCUGUGACAAAUGACCUUGGAGUUCUCCGCAUCUUUGAGAUUUUAAGAACUCUUUACCAUCCUUCGAAGAAUGAGAUCUCACGUAUGGAGAAAUACUUUGAUAUGGAGAAAAACUAUUUGAAGUUUUGGCGAGAGAAAGAAAAGCUCUGGUCUAAAGAGAAAAAGGUGGCAGAGGAACCAAAACAGAAAAAAGUGGAACCCAGCAGAUCAGCUAAAUCUGUGUGCACCGCAGAAGAGGAGGAGCUAAAGAGGUACAAUGACUUCAAGAUGUUGGAGGAAAGCAUCCUGAAGGAAAUAGGUCUUUGGUAAUCUGCUGAAUCACAGAAUAUCAGCAAGCCCAUUCACACAAGUGAUUGACUGUCAAUCAAAUAUAGUCAUUUGUAUUCAGAACUCAGUUAUUUUUUUUAAAUACAUCGUUUUAAUAAAAUUACUGACACUAAAACCUCAGUAAUACAGUGUUUUCUUGUAUAACCUUAUCAUUAGUGAGAAUAUUUCUAUGCUGUAAAUACACUGCAUCCUCUUUAUAUAAUUAGUUCUGAAAUUGUUUUUUUUUUUUGCCUGAAAUAUUGUCUGUGAAUAAGAUUCCAUUUGGAGAAGUUUAAUCCUCAGCUGGAAGUCUUUACGUUUCUUUAAUUUCCAAAUGUAAUAAUAUAAAAAAUGUUUCACUGGAUAAUUUAUUUAUAAAUGACUUCACAACCACACUUUU